UUUACCUUACCACUGCUCAAGCUCGCAAGACGGAUUAGCUGCUCAAAUUCCUACGCUCGACUCGAAACCAACAUGGUCCUCCACAACCCAAACAACUGGCAUUGGGUCAACAAGGAUGUCUCGGCCUGGACGAAGGACUUCCUGUCGCAAGAUCUGAUCGGCUUGAAAGCGGAGAGCAAUGGUGUCAAAGUGGAGGUCAGCAAGGUGCUGAGCAUGGAUGGAGACGUGGACGUCUCGCAACGAAAGGGCAAGGUCAUCACAAUCUUCGACGUACGGUUGCAACUCGAAUGGACAGGAAGCAUUCCCGUGAAAGAGAAGCAAGAGAAUGAUGAUGGUGUUGAGGAAGAGACAGAGGGAAAGAAGGACGUCAGUGGAACGAUAACAAUCCCCGAGGUUGCUCACGACACCGAGGAGGAUGAGUACGUGUUCGAAGUAGAGAUCUACUCAUCCUCGCUGGAGAAGGAGCCCGCGAAGGAGCUCGUCCGGAAGGAAAUCACACCACAACUCCGGAAACAUCUCCGCAAGAUUGGACCAGCAUUGAUCACCGAGCACGGCAAAGACAUCCAGCACGCUCCUGGAUCCAACCCAUCAUCUGGGUUUAGCACGCCCCGUACUCUUCAAUCGUCCUCGGUCAACAAGUCCUCCGCUUCCACCUCCGCUCCGUCCACUUCAACCACAUCCGACCGCAAAGUGAACGUCACAUCCCUCUCCGACACCCAAGAAUUCCGCACCACCGCCGAUCAACUCUACCAAACUUUUACCGACCCCCAACGGAUCGCCGCAUUCACACGCGGUGCCCCAAAGCUCUUCGAAGGUGCGAAAGUCGGGGGCAAAUUCGAGAUCUUUGGUGGCAAUGUCUCAGGAGAGUACACCAAGCUUGAAGAGCCGAAGUCGAUCGAGCAGAAGUGGAGACUCGCGCAGUGGCCGGCGGAUCACUUCAGCACGUUGAACAUCAAGUUUGAACAAAACGAUGUCGAUGCCGUUACGGUCAUGAGGGUGGAGUGGAGUGGCGUUCCGGUCGGACAAGAGGAGCCCACGAAACGGAACUGGGAUGAGUACUACGUCAGGAGCAUCAAGCAGACUUUCGGAUUUGGUACGAUUCUGUGA